CGCUGCUGAGCCGCCGCCCGCUGCCGCUGCCCGCCAGGUUGAGGAUGUUCGGGACCCGUCUGGUAGAAGCGGCCAUGUCGCGAGUAACUACCGCGCACGCCUCCCCAGGGAGGAGCUUCCCUCUGCUGAGCCUUGUCCUGGUGCUGCUCCUCCAUGCAGGGGCCACGCGUGCAGAGAGCCCCAGUGAACUGCCCGCCAACGACACCGAGGAGUGCGCUGGCUCCUACAUCUGCAAGAAGGGAGUGAUUUUACCAAUAUGGGAACCCCAGGACCCCUCGUUUGGGGACAAAAUCGCUCGGGCGACGGUGUACUUUGUAGCCAUGGUGUACAUGUUCCUGGGAGUGUCCAUCAUAGCCGACCGCUUCAUGUCCUCCAUCGAAGUCAUUACGUCCCAAGAGCGGGAAAUAACCAUCAAGAAGCCCAACGGCGAGACCAGCAAAACCACCGUGAGGAUCUGGAACGAGACUGUUUCCAACCUCACACUCAUGGCCUUGGGCUCGUCUGCUCCUGAGAUCCUCCUGUCUGUCAUCGAGGUGUGCGGCCAUGGCUUCACAGCGGGGGACCUGGGGCCGAGCACGAUCGUGGGGAGUGCUGCCUUCAACAUGUUUGUCAUCAUUGCAAUCUGUGUGUACGUGGUGCCAGAUGGAGAGAUAAGGAAGAUCAAGCACUUGCGAGUGUUUUUUGUUACAGCGGCCUGGAGCAUCUUUGCCUACACUUGGCUUUACAUUAUUUUAUCUGUGUCUUCUCCUGGGAUUGUGGAGGUUUGGGAAGGCUUGCUCACCUUCUUCUUCUUCCCCAUCUGCGUGGUGUUUGCCUGGAUAGCUGACAGGAGGCUUUUAUUUUACAAGUACGUCUACAAGAAAUACCGAGCCGGCAAGCAGAGAGGCAUGAUCAUUGAGCACGAGGGUGACCGGCCCUCCUCCAAGGCCGACAUCGAGAUGGACGGAAAGGUUGCUAAUUCUCACGUGGAGAACUUUUUGGAUGGGACACUGGUGUUGGAGGUGGACGAGAAAGACCAGGAUGACGAGGAAGCCAGGAGGGAAAUGGCUCGGAUCCUGAAGGAGCUGAAACAAAAGCACCCAGACAAGGAAAUUGAGCAGCUCAUAGAGCUGGCCAACUACCAGGUCCUGAGCCAGCAGCAGAAGAGCAGGGCCUUCUACCGCAUCCAGGCCACACGGCUCAUGACCGGCGCCGGCAACAUCCUGAAGAGACACGCCGCAGACCAGGCCCGCAAGGCUGUCAGCAUGCACGAGGUCAACAGCGAGGUGACUGAAAACGAUCCCGUCAGCAAGCUCUACUUCGAGCAGGGCACCUACCAGUGCCUGGAGAACUGUGGCACCGUGGCCCUGACCAUCGUCCGCCGGGGAGGAGACCUGACCAACACAGUGUACGUCGACUUCCGGACAGAGGACGGCACGGCCAACGCCGGCUCUGACUACGAGUUCACUGAGGGGACGGUGGUCUUCAAGCCCGGAGAGACCCAGAAGGAAAUCCGCGUUGGCAUCAUCGACGACGACAUAUUUGAGGAGGAUGAGAACUUCCUGGUCCACCUCAGCAACGUCCGUGUGAGCACGGAGGCCUCAGAUGAGGGCGUUCUUGAGGCCAGCCGUGUCUCAACACUCGCCUGCUUGGGAUCGCCGUCUACUGCCACCGUCACCAUUUUUGACGAUGACCAUGCCGGCAUCUUCACCUUCGAGGAGCCAGUAACACACAUCAGUGAAAGCGUAGGAACCAUGGAAGUGAAAGUGUUGCGAACCUCUGGAGCACGAGGAAAUGUUAUUGUGCCCUACAAAACCAUUGAAGGCACGGCCAAAGGUGGAGGAGAGGACUUUGAAGACACCUGCGGGGAGCUGGAGUUCCAGAACGAUGAGAUAGUCAAAACGAUAUCAAUCAAGGUGAUAGAUGAUGAGGAGUAUGAGAAAAACAAGACCUUCUACCUAGAGAUCGGGGAGCCCCGGCUGGUGGAGAUGAGUGAGAAGAAAGCCCUGUUGUUGAAUGAGCUUGGUGGCUUCACCAUCACAGAGGAGAAUGAGGAAAAGCAGCCCCUGACCAGCAAGGAGGAGGAAGAGCGUCGGAUCGCAGAGAUGGGGCGCCCAGUCCUGGGGGAGCACACCAAACUCGAGAUCAUCAUUGAGGAAUCCUAUGAGUUCAAGAACACGGUGGACAAGCUCAUUAAGAAGACGAACCUGGCCCUGGUGGUUGGCACAAACAGCUGGAGGGAGCAGUUUAUUGAGGCCAUUACUGUCAGCGCGGGGGAAGAUGAUGAUGAUGAUGAAUGUGGGGAGGAGAAGCUGCCCUCCUGCUUUGACUACGUGAUGCACUUUCUGACCGUCUUCUGGAAGGUCCUUUUUGCCUUCGUGCCCCCGACAGACUACUGGAAUGGCUGGGCUUGCUUCGUUGUCUCCAUCCUCAUGAUUGGCCUCCUGACAGCCUUCAUUGGCGACCUGGCAUCCCACUUUGGCUGCACCAUUGGUCUGAAGGACUCGGUCACUGCCGUCGUGUUUGUCGCCCUGGGGACAUCGGUGCCAGACACAUUUGCCAGCAAAGUAGCAGCAACGCAGGACCAGUACGCGGACGCGUCCAUCGGGAACGUCACCGGCAGCAACGCCGUGAACGUUUUCCUGGGCAUCGGGGUGGCCUGGUCCAUCGCGGCCAUCUACCACGCGGCGCACGGACAAGCCUUCCAAGUCUCCCCUGGCACACUGGCCUUCUCCGUCACCCUCUUCACCAUUUUUGCUUUUAUCAGUGUGGGAGUGCUGCUCUACCGGCGGAGACCCGAGAUCGGAGGUGAGCUGGGCGGGCCGCGGACUUCCAAGCUGCUCACAUCCUCACUCUUUAUCCUCCUCUGGCUCUUGUACAUAUUCUUCUCAUCUCUGGAAGCCUACUGCCACAUAAAGGGCUUCUAAAGGGACAAUCAGAGAUAGUAAAUAUGUGUAUAUCUAUAUAUAUCUAUAUGGAGUGAUAUAUAGGUAUAGAUAUAGAUAUAAAGCUGUGUAUAAUGAACAGAGAAAGAAUAAAAGAGAUUUGCCAUGUUCACACACCUGCUGAUGGAAAGCGGCUUUGGAGCAUCCUUUGAACUAGGCAGGACCCCAAAGCCAGCAGGACCCCUCCCCAGGCAGCGGCCCCAGCCAGGAGCCAGGGGCAGGGCCCUGUCUGCAGCUCGACCAACAGGAGCGGCCGAUGGCCACCGAGCCCCUUCCAUGGCUGACUCCCACCCGCUGGUCCCGGAAGACGGAUGAGAAGGCAACCGGGGCGUGUCGGUGUGAGCAAGGCCAGAGUAGCUGGUGAGAAACAGAGCAGUGGGCAAGGGAAGGAGAGGAGAGCAAGGGUUCUGAUCUCCCACCGCAUCCAGCUGCCUUCACCACCCGGGAACAGGCCCUCUGGCCCUGCUGGAGAGGAGCGAGAGACCGAACUGAAGACAAGGGGAAACUGGGAGCUUUCUAAGGAUAGAACACAAACCGUUUUCGUCAUUGCUUUGGGGCUGGUUUUUUUGUUUCGUUCUGGCGUGUGUACAACUAGCAUUUCCCACCCACAUGCCCCUCACCUUUCCCCGUCCGUGCUUUGGGGGUGCACAGCCGCAGCCUCGUGUCCCGUGUCCCAAGCCGAGGCCGCGCGGAGCGGCGGGAGCCUUCCUCCCACUCCUCCGCCUCCUCGGGCAUGCUGUCGUGGUACUUGUAACAUUUGCAUGAAUGAAAUGAAAUCUAUCUGUAUAUAGCAUCCUAUAGCGAUAGUCCUUCCAACCAUGUGGGUUGAGCAUUGCAGAUUACAAGCGUUUUCUUUUCACUGGGUUUUAUUUAUUUUUAGUUAGUUCGGUUUUGCCAUAGGGUUUUGCUCGUUUGUUUGUUUGUUUCCUCUUAGCGGGGGUGGAAAGGAUGGAAAGCUGUCCCCACUCACUGCUCGUGGCAUGGCUCCAUGAGAAGCAAUAACAGCCAUGCAGUUGUAGGUUUUCAGGGGAGGAAAACCCACACCCCAGAGCCUUCAGGCUCUGUCCAGCUGACGUGCUGAAGCCAGUGUGAGGCCUCCUCUGCCCACAGGAGGUGUUACACAGGGUCCCAGGGAGUGGGGUGAGCAGUCUGAGGGGAGCAAGCUUGGCUAACUCCCAGCACCCCACAUGCUUCUGCCUUUCGAGUCGGUGGCUGCCUCAAAGCCCUUGGCCCCCCGCUAUUGCCUGUACCCCCAGAGGUGUAGUGACAGCCCCUGUUUCUGAGUGUUAAGCCAUCAGGACCAGUCCCCAAAGCUGGUCCUUCCCCACAGCCAUUUGGAGGCAGGGCUGAAGGGCCGUGCGAGAUCUCCCACUCCACUGAGUGUGACCAGGACACAUCCCCCAGGAAAAGGUCGUGUUUUGCACUCUCCAAAUCCCAAGUCACUGGACAGGAUGAGACAGGGAGGUGUGACUCAGCAUCACCCCCUGGUGCCAGGAGUGCAGGCUGGGAUAGAGAGCUGAGCCAGGGAAAUGUGGGUGUAGAGCUCCCCGGGGCACCGACACUGGGCACUGGUGGUGAGAGAUGUCUCCUGACCCGCUGCCCUUUGCCAGGCUUCCUGACAUUCCAGCCAGGCAAACUCCCAGCCUGCAUGUCCAUGGUGAGCUCUUCCCACUCAGCUGAAAACCAUGUCUGAUGCUUGUACCAUAACCAGCUGGCUGGGGGUAUUUGUACUCAUCUUGAACUAUCUGUGGAAAUUUUAAUUAACCUGCUGUAAGAUUUUCUCUAGGAAUAUGAAGUUGUGGUUUAUGUUUUUUUUUUUUCUUCUCAAGCCUUUUUUCACUUUUGAUUUGUUUUGGGGUUUUUCUUUUUUGUUUCGUAUUGUUUUGGGGAAAAAUCAAACACAGGUGCAGGUUGUUCAGGUUUAUGAUUACCUUUAUGUACAAUGAUUUCAUUUUCAUCUGUUUGGCUUCAUUUUUUUCUUUGUGUGUAUUGCCCACCACUAUAGGCAGUGAGUCCACUAAUUGUGAUGAUCCUUAUCAAUGGUACACAAUGCACAGAGAAAUAAAGUUUGUAAUGAUUCCUGAUGGAUCCAGUACUGCUCCUGCAUAUUCUCUAUGGAAAACCCUUCUCUCCCCUCCAGCUGUUUCCAUCGUAGCCAUCUCUCCUUGACUCAUUGGUUUGCCUUCCCUGUGUUUCUGCCUCUGGCAGGGGCAGUGGUGCCUUGGCACGGCUGCCCCUGCCCCAUCCCAUGCCCUUCCUCCCUCUCCAUCUCCAUGGUGCCUCAGGCUCGGUGUGUGCUGCGCUACAGCCACGGCUCACAGCCUGCUCCACUCUCAGGGGGAGGCAGGAAACCACCCAGGACAAAGCUGCAGGGCAGCCCACCCUGCUGGGGCCAGCAGCUGCCCCCGUGCUGGGUUAAGCCCUGCCCUAGGCUGGGGGAGAGCCAUGGGGUGCCCCCAAGGUACCAAGCAGCUCUUUCUGCUUGUGUCCUCUAUAAAACUGCUCCUGCUCUCACUACAGCCUCACAGUGACCUGUGAGGAUUAAACCACGAGCUAACCAUGGGGGAGAAUGCAAGAGGUGCAUUGCCAGGGCCGGGUCCAUGGGUGCCAAAGCAGAUCUGGGGCACCCCACAAGGCUGGGCUGCUCUCAGGAGGUGCCUGCCCAAGCCCCAGCCCAGGUGCCAUGGGCCUUUUCAGACCCAUCUGUGCCUCCACACAGCUCAGCCAGCACUGAGGAGCAGAAAAGUCUCCCCAUGGCCAGGGAUGUUGCUCCUCCCUGUGUUUCAUCCAGCAUCUGUUGAGCUGUCCCCAGAUAAACCCUCCCUGCCGUGCCUGGGAGGUCCUGCUCUGACAGCUGAACUCAAACACCAGCCCUGGAGAUGGGCCCCAGGCAAGCACCGCCUUCAACAUUCCCGGCAGAGAGCACGGCCAGCAGUGUCCAUGAGCUUCUCCCGGGCAGUGCAUUGUGAAAGCAAGCAAAGCAGCUCCUCUGACCCAGUAAUUGCAUCUGCUGAAAGGUGAUGUGGGUGUUUUCCCCUCAUCAUUUGCUCCUUCAGAAUUAAUUGCCUUUGCUGAAAUAAUUAACAAGUCAAAUGGGACUUGUGUGGCUACUUAGGUUAGCAGACAGUAAAUAACUCUUGUGCUCACGGAGCUUUCCAAAGGGAAUGAUGGAGCAGUGCUUGCUGAGGACAUGGCUGAACACCAGCCCUGGUCAUGCAGUUGCUCUCUGCCAGCUGUGUGCUUUGGGCAUUUUUACCAAGGCUGUGCCCAGUGUGACCUGAGUGUGCCCAGUGUGACCUGAAUGUGCCCAGUGUGACCUGAGUGUGCCCAGUGGCUCGUGGAGGGGUCACAGGGAGCAGCCAGGGGAAGCAGUGCUCCCAAGGGUGCCAGGCCUGCUCUUCUGCACAGUCUCCUCUUCAAACCACACUCUCCAAAGGCAGAAGAGAGCUGCCCUCCCUGAGAGGACACUGGCUGGCAGCGCUGGGAGGCAGCAGGAGGAAGCACAUCCCCAGCACAGUCACGCCUUGUCACAGCUCAGCUCCCUGGAUCCCCUGUCCAAUGCCAGAACUCUCCCAUCUCUUCCUCAUCCAGCCUCCCACCCUUGCCUGCACAGGGAGAGCAUCGAGCACCUCUGGUACAGGCCCUGGUAAAGGGUUUAUGGAUGUUGCCAGAAGCAGCAGCUCAAACCUUCGGCCUCCAUCCAUUUCCCUGCCCCAUUUGCUCUCAUCCCCUCUCAUCACCCCACCAGCCAAAGGCAAACCUUUCCUUGGAAAAGGAUGCAGCACAUGUCCAAAGGAUAUUCAGGGACAGGAGACACCCACACUGCCAAGCACGUGGGGACGAGCAGAAGGAGCACACCAGUGACAGCCCCAGCCAUCCUGGACAAACCACAUUGCCAUGGCGUGGAGGCAAAUCCCAUCCACAACCUGAACACUGGGAGAAGGCACAAGAAAAAAGGAAAGAGCCACAGAUCUGCAGUGCCUCAUGGCUGAGCCCACCUUGACUGCCACUGUGCCAGGGCAGCACAGGGACUGCUCCAUCCCAAGGUGUGGACCCCUCAUCUCCAGCCAAAGGAGGCUCCUGUCCCUGUGUCACCCGUGCCAGGCAGCCCCUGGUGCCUGGCAACCAUCACAAGAGUCCUUGUGCAUCCUCACCCUGCUCCCUGGAGGGACAGAGGGGAGAAGGGAGGCCUGGAGCGCGCCUGGUCACGAGCCUGGCUGUGAACUCUCUGCUCUGUUUCUGCUGUGGGCAGGCACUGGGGAGGCAGAGCCCCUCUGUUAUUGUUACAGCUAUUUUUAAAUUCUCGCGUAAGAAUCGGCGGUGUUGGUGGCCAUAUACAUAACUCAGGAGGAAGUUCAACUGCAUUCCUGGAGGGACAGAGCUGAGCAGAGCCAGAAAGUGAGGAAAAUUUAAUGUUGGACAGUGUAAUUCCAGGACAAAGCCUUGCAUUAUUUUCUGUCAGCUUUGGCACCCAAGCCCUCCUGGAGAAACGUGUUUGCAGAGCACCAGGAACCUCUCUGGCCUCUCUGGGCACACAGUGACCAACUAUUGAUGCCUGUACCCGUGCUCAGCACAGCUCUGGAAAAGCCUGUUUAUCUUGUAAAACACUGGCUUGCACAGAAAAGCAUCCAGAGGCGUCCAUAUUCUUGCAAAAAGCGCCGAGGGACAAUAAAUACAGAGAGAUUCCUCACCUUUUAAGGACUUGAGCCUUUCUGCUGCUGGAACUGGAGGUGCCAAGAACCUCUUGCCAGGCAGCAGCACCCCUCACACGGAGGGAAGGGACACUGAAAGGGAAAGGGGCCUGCCUGGCCAUGUAGGAGCUGUUAUCAGCAAAGACAGGCAGAGCUUGCUGCCAUCAGCAGGGUUUUCUGCCUGUGGGAUGCCCCUGAGAGCAUCCAAGGAGUCUCCACAGGGCCUUGCUCUCUCUCUGGAGCAUCUCAAGAGCAGCCAGUGCUGCCCCUGGGACUCAGCAUCCCCAGGGUGGUUCAGCACCCUCUCCUGCAGGAUCUGCACCUUCCCUUGGCUCCUUCCCCUUUCCCAAAGGGAAUGCCAGCUUGGGGCUGCCCUCACCACAAGUGUGGAAGAGGGCACUGGGGCACCCACUGUUCCUACUCUGGAUCACUGCUGGAGCUGGGUGUGCCAGUGGGAUGCCCAGCACCGGAGGGCACAGGGAAGGGACAAGUGCCAAGGGCUCCCACCCAGACCUGGAAACCUUGUUCAAGCACUGCCACAGCCUGUCCUGGCUGCCAGGGGCAUGGCAUGCACCUGGAUUUCUGCACAGACACAGCACAGCCUCCAGCUUCUCUGGCUGCCCGUGGUACCAACCCCAGACAGGAUUUUUGUCUCUUUGAGUCAAAACAGCCCUUGGCCUGGAAAGCUUCCUGCCCCUCCAGUACACAGGGUCAGGUGGCAAUGGGAAGGACCAUUAGUGACCCACCAUUAGUGACCCCACCUGGUGCAGGGUCCUCCACGUUCCGCCUCGAGCCAUCUCAAGGUCCCAAAAUCUACACUCAGUGGCAAUCCAGCCUGCAGCCUGCUCUGUGCUUGCCUCCCCUGUGAAGCCUCUUCACAUUCCACUUUCUCCCAAGCUCCCAGCAGAGGAGCAUCCUCUGUCCCUCUGUCCUGCCCCGCAGCUGGGGGUUUCCUGUGUGCGACAGAUUUCCUUCCUCACAGCACUGAACAGCAGCCCUUGUUAGCUCAGCCUUGCUGUUUGUGUCUCAAGGCAAAGAUGAACCACCCCACAUCAUGGACCUGAGCCCCUAAAACCAAGGAGCCUACAAACUUCCACACAAACCCCACAAACCCUCCUGCUCAUCACCAAGGCACAUCACAGCCACUGCCCCCAGGCACAGUUUUUAUUGUGCCACUGUCCUUCACUCAUUAGUCUGUGGAAGUUUUUUUGCUGGAUUUCCACCAUUAUCAAGUCCCACAGAUGCUCCAACUCCACCCCCAAUCCCAACAUCCUCUAUGCUUCCAAAACAAACUAAUUUGCUUUAUCUGGGGGUUCAAGGCUUUCCUGCCUUUGCUUGAAAUGGGCACUUGAAGUAGAACAAGUUGCAAUGGCUUGGGAUGCUUAUCCACACUUGGAGCUCCUAAACCCUUGCAGCAUGUGGGAAACUGCCACAGGACUCUGUCCCUGCACCUCCCAACCUCUUUGUGGGGGUGGGAUUUAUUUCUCCUCCAUUUCUUCCAGCUCAGAGCAGUCUCUUGAGAGAUGGGAGGAUGAGACCUGCAAGGAGCACAGCCUUGCUCUGCUUUCCUGAUGGAAAUUGCCUGUCCAUGGCACUGCCAUCCCCAGGAGUGUGUGCCCCACUGCCCCUGGCAGGGUCCUCACUCACAGAAGUGUGAGAUUCUGGCAGAUGAACCGCUUUGCAGAGAUACUUAGAAACAUGCAGAAUUUCUAAGUCCCUGUGAAAUUGCUGUGCUGGCACGGGCAAGGCUGGAUCCUGGUGUUGCAAAAGUGUCCCAGAGCUUGUUUGGGAACAUUAAUGAAAGGUUUCACAAACCAGCAGCUUUGUGACUCCCAAGGAUGUGGGGAGGUGCACAAGUGGAUUUCUCCUUGUUUCAUGUGAUGCUGAGAUGCCUCCCUUGGCUUCAGCUCCAGCCCUGUGCCCUGCCCUGCCUUGCAGUAGGAGCUGUGAUGAGCUGGCCCUUGGCUGAACUCCCCCUGCUCAAAUGAGAACAAACUCAUGACUGUUUGUGUCUUCAUUUGCUGGCCCCAUGUUGCCUCCUUCAUCUUGCGAGCUCUUGAGGAAAAUGUGCCCAUGCAGGGAGCCUUGCAGGAGCCCUGCUUGUCUUGCUCUUUAAUCAGGAAACACACACUACUUUCUGCAGCUCAAGAGAGCAAAAGAUGGCAAUAAUAUCUCUUACAUUGCAGGCACUGUGUUAGCAAGGAGGAAAAUGUUAUUUAUUUUUUCCCUGACAGUACUUGUCCUACUUCUUUUUUCCAUAAUGCAUUAAGCGUUAGGAGGCACAGCUCUGCACACAGUCCAGCUCUCAAGACUACCUGUUGAGGACAUUGCUCAGCAAUCCAGCAGUUUUGUUUGUGGAUGAAGGGCAGAAGGUGGUGAAUUCUCCUAGGACUCCUAGCUCCUGCAGGAAGACACAGCCAUGCUGGCAAAACCCACAAAACGCUGGGUUCUGUGAAUUGCAGCCCUUUGCAUCCUGGGUCUCUGUGCCAAGAAGACCUGGCAUGAGGCUGUAAAAUCCAAAUCCUGAACUUCCUGAAGACCACUCAGCAGUGAUGGGGGCACCUUUAUCCCUCCUGCUGUCUCCAGGCUGCCCAGAGAGGUCUCUGGCACACCCGGUGCUCACCUCGUGAGAACGUCACCGCUGGUCGAGCAAGAAGAGGACAAGGAGUAGACAGACCACGUCCUACCUCCCACCCCAAAUACAAACCCACAGGAUAUUCCCAGCAAAAAGCAGCCAGACUGCCAGGCAGUCCUUGGGAAACCUCUCCCAUCUCAAAGGCAGCAGGUUCCCCAUGGCACUCGCUCCCCACAUCGCUGCCCUGAGGGAGGGGCUGCUCCCAGCUCAGCAUCCUGCAGGCACAGCCAAAGGAGACACCUGGGCUUCCUUCUGGGAGCAUCAGCCAGAGAGGCCUGCAAGGAGUGGCCAUAAUAUUCCAAAGGAGAAAUAAAUGAGAUGGGAAUUAGUUAAAAACCCCUACAGCAGGGGUAAUUUAUAUCCAUCACUUAUUUUCUGCUGUAAUGAAGUGGCCCAAUUAUCUUGAUGCUUGAAUGACCACUCCAGUUCUCAAAAGUCAUUUCUGCACACUUGAAUAGCUGCUCCUCCUUCUAGAGAAACCAUCUCAGAAGGGAGCACAUCUUCCUUGGCAGAGAUGUAAUCCAUGUCAGCAGCUCCUCCCACUGUCCCUCUCGGGAGCAGAGGGACACUGGGGCAGGGAGCUGCCUGCACAGCCUGUCCCAGGGCUGCCGGACACUCCCCACAGCAAGGAUCCCCUGGAACAGCAGGAUGCAGGAGGGCAGGAGCUCAAAGUGGGCCUGAGAAGUGCUGGGGGGAGCUGGUGGCUGGAUGCAGCCCAUGGGGGAGACAGGCAUCAGGCGUGUGUGUGGGGAGUCUCCUCAGGGGCACCCCAUGCCAGGGUGGUGGCUGGGGACAGCACUGCCAGGGCAAGUUGCCCUCUGGAAUUUUGGAUGUGCUCCAGAAAGAAUGGCUCUCCCUUUCCUGCUCUCCUCUGAAGCCACCAGUCUCUGACAGGCUCCAAUGUGUCCCUGCUCAGCAAUCCAAGGGCAGCUCCCCCGGGGCAGCAUGGGCAGGCAGGCAGGAGGAGGCUGUGACCACCCUUCCUGACGCACCCAAAGCCACCUGCCACCGCCAUCCUGUCACCCAUCACCCUGUGUGUGUCCCCUCACAACCACGAGGCACCCUAGGGCAGACAGACAUCUUGUGCAAACCUUGACAGAGAGAGAGAGAAACAGAGAGAUCUCUGACAGCCCAAGCAGCCCCCUGGUCCCCCAGCAGGGACAGGGCAGGCAGACCCCAGCUGGACAGAGCCAAAUUAUUCCAAAGCUGAGCUGAGAGUUUGCAGAAAAGCUGGUUUGCCUGGAGACAGAAACCAGAGCAUGGGUCAUAAAUUGAACUCCACCUUCCCUCUGUCUCCUGCGCCGUGCUUGGUGCCACGGGCUUGCCCUGCCCCAGCUUGUGCCCCAAGCUGAGGGUCACCCCCAGGCUCAGCAGCUGGAGCCCCCCAGUCUCUCUGUCUCUGUCACAGUUCCUCACAAAUUCAAUGGCACAAUGCAGCUACACUAUUUGAAAAGCCAUAAUAUUUGUUGGUACGACUCUUUUAUUACUGUCAAUUUAUAUAUAUAUUUGUUGAUAAAAGAGGUCAUCUUGGGAGACACUUCCAGUCUACUGGGAAAUAAUUGUCCGAUGCUGUAUAUUCUGUACAUGCUGUAUAAACAGAGCAAAAUAUGUAAAUCUCAACGUUUGGUGGACUUGGUGCUGCAGGGCCAGACUGGCACCAGGCAAGGCCCCUUCUGGGGCACCACGGCUGGGGCUGGGGGCUCCCAGCAGCGUCCCCGUCCUGCUGGGCCCUGGCACAGCCUGGGGCAGGGGCUGGCCCUGCGGCUCCCUCGGUGCUUUCCCUGCACGAAGGUGGAAGGGGCGGCUUUGGGAUUUGGGAGCAGGAGCAGCUGCACCUUCCCUCCCUCCUUCCCGGGGCACAGCCAGACCCAUCCGGAGCUCGGUGUCACCCAGCCCGCAGCCAGCACCCAGCAGGACAUCCGUGAGCCUUGGGGGUCCCAGGGAGACGAUUCCCCGCGGGAAGGCAGACACUGGCUCCGAGCAUCCGGCUUCUCCAGCUCCUUCCCAGCCAAGCCAGCCGCCCUCCCCGGCACGUUCUACAGCAGCCACGGGCUGUGACCUUCUAGCCCGACACACGCUCCUAGGAAACCUGUUUCAUAUUUUCCGUGGUAUCGGUCUACAACUUUUGAAAUUAUUGGACACAAUCGUGGUAGCCUAAAAAUUGUGCUGAGCUCAUAUAUUUUUAUAUUUGUGGUGUUUUCCUAUCAAUAGAGAGUAGUGAACCCUAUAGCUGAAAGUGAACUAUUCCAAAUAAAUAUAUGACUGCAGAAAAUAUUUGUAAAAAUAAUUUAUUUUAAAUAUUCUGCCAAAGAUAGCUCUCUAAUGAUCUGUAAGAUGUCGUUUCUCUCUUUUUGCUCUGAAUGUCAUUGUGAAAGGACCUUUCUCCCCAUAUCUUUUGAAGAUUUUUUUUUUUUGUAUCUUUAAGGGCAAAGAAAUAUUCCAAUGAUUUUUUACUAGAGCAGUAAAUAGAGUAGUAGGGAGGCACGAGACAACUCUGCAAAGGUGACAAACAGGAUCCAGUAACAAUCACUCUGAAAAUCCGGUUUUUCCCAUGGUUCCUCUGGCUGACAGAUGGGGUUGGAAGCCUGGGACAGCUGUCUAGCAGGAAGACCUUGGCUGCUGCUGCUGCUGUGGCUGCUGUGUAACUUACCCGAAGGAGGGAAAUCUCCUGAGAAUCCCAUCCCCAGGCUUGAGGCAUUUGGAUCCCCUUGCAUCCAAUCUUAGCCUCUCCAUUAUUUAUGGGCAUAAUUUAUUCAUUAUCCCUUAAUAGGCCCUGUGGCACAUGGGGAACCCUCCCCCAGAGCUUUGUGGGGCUUCAGCCCAAGCCAUUCCCUCCACACCCCUGCCAGCAGCCCUGAACCCCUGGCACAGGGAAUCCUGCUGGCAUCCAGACCUGUCCCUUCCUCACGUGGGGACAGGGCAGGGGACACCCAGCCGCCGGGGGACACUUUGGCAAGAGGAUCCAUCCCUGCAGGUAUCCACUUAAACAGGGGGAAGUACAGCCUUUUACCAUGGAGAAGCUGCCUAGAUUAGCCUUUGAGAAAUGACUAUUUUUUUUAUUAUUAUUGCAGAGAGAAAUCUUUCCCUUUUCAUUUCUCCCUUUUGAAAUGACUUUUCAAUACUAGGGAAAGCCUUCAUUAUCUUCUGUGAUCCCCCAGGUCUGCUGCAGUGGAAAUAAAUCCUCAGCCAUGUCUGUUAGGCUCCACCACUUCAAAGAGAUUCUUGGCUCAGAUUUUUCUCCCUUCUGAGCAGAUUCACAAUUUCUUAAGUGUCUUGGUCAUAAAGGUCUGGAAGAAUUAAUGGGCAAAGAAAGAAAUAAAAGCCCUGUUCCAGUGAAUGUGUUUCCACAAGCGAUUCAACUUUUGACUCCCCCAAGGUCAGGCACGUGUUUUAUCGGGAAGGGAGGUGGGAAAAGCAGUUUCCAAGCCAUAGGGUGUGGUGGGUGCGGAGGGAGGACUGCUGUCCGUGGGUGACACACUCUGCAGCGUGGGGAGCACUGCCAGGGAGCCUUUGCUCCCCCGGGCUCUGCAGCUGCUGCGCCGCAGGGAAACAGAGCGAGCCAGGGAAGACUAUGGUGAGAAGAAUUGGGUUUCUGAUCACUGUGCAUUUUGUUAAUUAGUGAAUUCAAAUAGUUUUAUUUUUACCAAAAACAGAUAAUGUUUAUUCCAGUAAAGACAACUGUUGACUUGAGAUAUAUAUAAAUAUAUAUAUAUAUAAUUUGAAUGGUUUAUAUCCUGUUGCUCUAACUACAUAAAAUGGAAACAUGUUGCAAGUUGUGUCAUUUCAAUAUACAAAAUAAAUGACUUUUCCCUGCAUGCUGCCUGGGUAUGUUGUGAUUUGAAUUAAGAGUUAUAUUUGAAUUGCCUUAUUCAAGAGGUUGUAUGUUACCUAACUGGGGAAUGACCUGGCACUGUUCAUCACAUUACAUGUGUACUUGAUGCUGUGUUAUGUCAAAUUCAGAUGAGUUGUCUGUCAUCUAUGUAUUUCGUGGGAGAUCUUUUAUCUUGUUAAACUGUGAUAUGUAAACCUUCAUUGCCUGAAAUAGUCACAGUUGUAUAAAUCAGUGUCUUCAGCUGUUUUCCUAAUUUUAACACAAUUCCUAACACAAAAUAUAGAUGUUUGUAAAUUCUUCAUUCA